GGAUAACUUAAAUAAUUAAUUAAAAUUAAAAAUUACAUGAAAUACGCGACGUAUCCAACAAGUGUGAAAACAUGAAAUAUUUUAAAAUUUGCCAUAGGGUGCGUGCUCCCCGAACGCAUCUCAACUGACGACCACCAAAGCGCCAUGAAUUGUCAUUGGUCAAAGUACACGUGUCACACAGCAUGCUUUCCACGUGCAUCUACAUACGUCUCUUGGCAGGCUGCUAGUCUACUGUGUGAACCUGUGUUUUAGAGCAAUCUUCAAGUUUUUUUUAACAUUUUAAACCGCCAAAAGAGCUAAUUAUUUUUCACCAUCCAGGCAGCGAUUUUUGACAUUGCUCGUCGGAGAUUUUUUAAGUUUCCACGGAAAGCGAAGCAUAGUAUUGGAAUGAAGAACAAAAGACACGCCUGGAUGGAAGCAAAUAAAUUGGCGCAAGUAGAUUAUAUAUGGUGAUCAAACAAAUUUAGUAAAGUCACAAGAAAUUAAAGAUGUCUAUUGACGAAAAAGUAAAACAUAAAUUAAAGUUUUACAUCGUACAAGAACGCCAACGGAAAAAACAGCAAGAAAUGCAGCGUGAAUUAGAGAAAGAAAUUUGCCAUUUGCAAAGAACGAUUUGCGAAUUACAGAAUAAGAGAGAGCUGUUAAUCUUCGAUUUCAAGAAGUUAAUGGACGAGGAAGUGGCGAUUGCAAGGCAACGCUAUAUGGAGCAAACGAUAUGUACUUGCUCGGAAAGCAGCACGGACGGCACAAUGACGGAAGAAGAAUGCGUGGUAGUAAGAGUCACCAAUGCAUCACAUAUGACACGAAAACGGAAAAGAUUACUUCCAGUUAUUCUUUCAAAUGACUGCUGAUUACUGUAACUCUGUACCCGCCACUUUUUAUUGCGUCAAUGCUUUCUCCUACGUUGACAUAUGGAUUAUGCGUGCAUCUCAUGGACUUAUUUUAGAUUUUCAAAAGAUUGAAUAAGAAGAGAAGUUCUAGUGAUCUAUUAUUCGUUCAAGAAGACUUUACAAGGUUUCAAAUAGAGACACAUGAACAAGAUAGAAUUAAAGUACAUUAUAGUGUGAGGAAGAUGUGCCAUGAGAUUAGUUAUACUAUCCAUGGAUAGGUAUAUAAAAAAAAGAAUUGUGAUUUUUAGAUUAAAAU